AUCCUUUCAACGGAUAUAACCCCUUCUGGACCCGUCUUCUUCCUCUCGCUACUGAAUCUUAACCCGACCCGAAUUCCGACUGCAAUUUCCCCAAAUCUUUGCUUCUUUUCCCAAAAUGGCUCCUACAGAUCCCGAAACCUGGACCCAUGGACCCUCCAUCAUCAAGGAGAACGAACUUCGAGAGGUGGCCGCGCUCCUGGGCAAGGGCUUCCGGGUCCACCAUCUUGAUGCCGUUGGGGGGAUUAGUCUAUCCCACAAUCCAAAUCCCCAGAAGUACAUGGUCAUGCAAUAUCAUUCUGUGGAAAACGGGUUUAGGUUGCCCCUCCACGGUCUGCUUCGCGAUCUCUGCCUCCAUUUCGGAUUUGCUCCAGGUCAAUUGACUGCCAACGCGCACAAGUAUGUCGCGUCUUUCAUCUUGCGAUGCUGCGCCCUGGACAGAAUCCCAACAUUGGAUGAAUUCCUUCUCCUCUUCAGUAUCGGUGGUUUCCCCUUCUACAGCCUAUAUCCCCACAACCAUUUCCCAAUUUUUGAAAAGGUUGAGUUCAAGCAUGAAAAAUGGUCACUGAGAUAUUUCGUUAUUGAGUUCCCGGCUCACAGCCCUCUUGAUCUACCGGGUGUUGUCCUCCGCCGUUCCAUUUCCCGGACGAAAUUUGCUGCAGCAGAAUUAGCGGAGGGAGUGUACAACGCCUUGAGAGAAAAAGAAGGUUUAAUUUCACACCACUCCCUUCAAGACGCCCAACUGUACAAGAAGGCGGGUUUUUACUACCCCCUGGGUCCUGAACCGUUUCCAUUUGAAGGCGUGCCUCCUCCCGAGAAAUCGAAGGCUCCUUCUGCUGCAGAGUCAAACCCGGCCAUGAGCUCUCCCGGGAAUCAAUCCCAAGGUAACUCCACUGCCUUGGCUAUCCGCAAGCCGACUGCCGCCUUGGAGGCCAUUCCCAUCUCAGCCAUUCCUGGGCUUAGGAGGCCAAUUCCGUCCCAGAAGCGGCCACGGGAGGGAGUCACUGAUGAUGAUUUCCUUCCCAAGAAAAACAAGGGUGAUGAUACUUCUGUUUCACCCAGCCCCCUGCCUACCUCUUCUGAUACCCAGUACGCCAUCCCUGCUACCACAUCCGGGGGUUUGGAGCUACCCCACCCGGAUAGCUUUGAUUGCGAGGGAGAAGAGCUCCGGGACCAGUCUGCGCUCAGAAGACCCGUGACGCAGCCCCAGCCUGAGGCGUCCGGUUCCUCCCCCCAUGCCGCAACUAUUCCUAAAGUGAUGGAGGAGGAAGGGGUGAGUCGGCAAGAACCAGAGCCUUCCCCCACAGCAGAGAAGGAGGUUGAAGUGCAGACAGAAACGGAAAUCCCCUCUUCGAAGGAGAAUGAGGUCGGAGAGCAGAGGGAUACUGAAGCUCCUCCAGAAGGGAAUCUAGAGAAGAUGAGGGAAUCAGUGCAGGGGCCCACAAUUCCCCAAGCUCGCCCUGACUUGCUUGCCCUCAAUGCACUGCACUUCAUGGAGCAGGCCCAACAAUCACUCUUGACUUUGACUGAGGAGUACCUGGGUGGAGCGUCAGGAAACUACCGGGCCGUGACGCUCUUAAAGGGGAAGGAGUUGGCUGCCAGGGCUCUACAACAGAAGGUUGACUCCCUGGAACAACAAGUUCAGGUCCUUCAGGAAGAGAAUGCCUGGCUCAAGGCAGAUGGCUCAACGGAGCUAGCAGCCGAGAGGGCCUCGGCUUCAGAAGGAAAAGUGGGAAGUCUAGAAGCUGAAUUGGUUGAAAAGGAGUCCCGGAUCUCUAAGCUGGAGAAUUCCCUUCGAGAGGCCAAGCAUGAGGGUUCCCGUCUUAAUGAAGUCGCACUAAAACAGAUGGAAGCGAGACGGCUCUCCCUCGAGAAGUUGAAGGAAGAGAGACAGACUGCAAGCGAGCUCCGGUCAAAGAAGGAUGAACUGGAGAAGGCUAUUGCUGCCCAUCAAGAGGAGGUUGCAGGCCUGACUGCCCGUGCCGCAGCCCUUUACGAAGAAGGGAAAUUUGACAUGCAGCACUGCAUUAUUGAGGCGGUCCGGAGUGGUCUUCCAGCUCACCGAUCCCUGGAUGAUUUCAUCUCCCACUACGGAUUACCUCUCCCUCUUCCUCCCCCAGAUUCUCGUGCUGACCCGGGAGUUGUCUUCAUUGAUCUUACUAUGUCCGAUUCUUCUUCUGAUUCUUCUUCGUUGGCACUCCCUUCACUCGGGGCCCCAAUGCCUGAGCUCUCUUCUGAGCCUUCUCUUGCCUCUAAACAAUCGGUGACUUCUCCCUUGCCCAGGGAGGAGAAUCACCCUCAUCUCCUCCCACAGGUGUCAGGGGGUGCUCCUCCGAGUCCCGGCGUGCUUCUUAACGGUGCCAGGACGGAAGCCUCUUCUGGCCGUCCUGGCACAUCUCGUCCGCAGAAGAGACGCAAUCCCCACUCAGGAGCUUCCCGGUUGGUCUCUGGCAGGGAAGCAAGGGUCAGCGAAUACACUCCUUCAAAUUCCAGAAGUGUUGAUCCGCCUUGCCUUCAGAUUCUUCCAGUUAGAUGGUUAGCUGCUAGUCCAUCCCUUUCUGACUUCUUCACCAUGGCAAGUAAGUCUCGGAGAAAAGUCGUCAUCGGCUUAACCCCUUCCGGGACAUCUUCUUCUUCGGAUGAUGAUUCCUCCGCCUCUCCGGCUCAGUCCAACGACAUGGCUGGGUUGAGUCCCGGCGAGUUCUCAAGACUUUAUCCAACAACUCGCCUCCCUGCACCAUCUCCUCCUAGUCCACCCAGGCUUCCAUCCGGAAGGAUAGACUGGGGCUCAAUGACCCUCCAAGACUUCGCCUUGUAUCAGAGGAUGCGCAUGGCUAGACUUGGGCGUUCUCUGCCAAUUGUUGAGGUAGAACCUUCAUGUGAAAGCCGGACUGCUUCUCCAAACUUGCUAAAGUCUCCCAACGAUGGUUCUUCAUUGAGGGCUGCAGCUCCCCGUCCUGGGACAUGGGAAGACUAUGACAUCUGGGAGGCUGCUGAUUCCACAGCGUGUCCCUCGUCAAAGAGAAGGAGCCCAUGGAAGGGACCCCCACCUCCUUCUUGUUGACUGCAUGGACGCAAUAGGCCCUCCUUCAGUGCCUAGGCCCCUGCAAAUCAAAUUUCUUUUCCUCG